UUUUUUAUAUUAUCUUCACUUUUUUAUAUUAUCUUCACUAUUUAUGUUAUCUUAGCCAAAUUCUAGUUUGUAAUUUAUGUAAUGAUUUUAUCUUUGAAAUGUUUGCCAUUUGGCGUCCUUUUGGAAUUUUAAUUAGCCAUUCCCUCAAUCGGAGAUUUGUACCCCUUAAAUAUCUUUAUUGUGUUGCAUUAGAUUUACCAAUCUACCAAAAUAAGCAAAUUUUUAAUUCAUUUCAUCUGUUUACCUCGGAAUCUGAACCUAACGAUAAAUCACCGAAUUUAGACCACAUUGAUAUUAAUAACAAAAACGGCCGUUAUAUCGCAGUUUUUACUUGUAAUAUAUGCAAUUAUCGCAGUGCUAAAUCUUUCUCCAAACAAGCGUAUCAUCAUGGUAUAGUGUAUGUAAAGUGUGAAUCUUGCAAUAACCUGCAUUUGAUAUCUGAUCAGUUGGGAUGGUUUGGAGAGAAGCAGAAUAUAGAGGAGAUAUUACAAAGGAAGGGUGAAGAUGUUUCAAAAAUGGAACUGGGUGAAAAUGUCAGCGAAUCUGAUCUAGAACUCAUUAAACCUCUUCAACACAACAAAUACUUCAAACAUUAAUUUCUUACACUCUUA